AUGAGAACUAAGAGUACAGCAUCACCCAACUACUCUAUACUGAAAGGAAAAGGAAAAGGUAAGGGCAAGGGCAAGCAUCUGAACAGAAUGCAAGUCACUAGUCAAGAGGCUGUCAAUUCUACCACAGAUGUCAUGAGCUUCGGGAAAAUUUCUAAUGUUGAGAUGCCAGCUCAAGCAGCCAGGAAAAUGGCUAAACUUCCAGUCACCACUGUGGCUCCAGCUAACUAAUCCAAGAAGAAGAUGAAGAGAUUCAAGCCUGGAUAACUUGCCCUUAAGCAGAUUAAGAAACUUCAGUCGAGUACUGAUUUGCUGGUCAAGAAACUCCCUUUCCAGAGAUUAGUCAGGGAAAUCGCUCGUAGUAGCAAUCCAGAGAUCAGAUUCAGUAUUCAAGGCCUACUGGCACUCUAGGAAGCAGCUGAAUGCUUCCUAGUCGGGCUAUUUGAGGACUGCCAUCAAUGCGCUAUCCAUGCUAACAGGGUUACGGUUAUGCCCAAGGAUAUGCAGCUAGCUCGCAGACUAAGAGGUGAGAGACAAGAUGCCUGA